AUGUCUUUUUCAAUCUACGUUUUCCUCCUGGUUACUGUAGCAGUAGCUACAGUACACCCUCAAAUCUUCAAUCAGUGUCGAGGUCAAACUCGUGUCACUUGUACCCCCAAUGUGGUUUUCCAAAAAGUGAUCAAUGGUACAGUAACCCUGACCCAAUGUACUAACCGAUUGAUACGUGAGGAUGAGGCAAAACACUGUUCCGAGUGUUGUCAGGAUUUUGGGAAGGAAAUGAGAGCAGUGUCGUCGGUGAGUUCUUUUUUUCGCUAG